AUGUUCGACCCAAAAGGCCCUAUCGCUCAACAGCUCACCCCUCUUCUCGUCACUGAGCUUACUUCCAAGUACCAGAUCGCUGACGACGCUAAGGAUGUCGCUGAGUACAUUAUCAUGUUGAUUGGCAAUGGCCGUCCAGCUAACGAGAUCGUUGCUGAGGUCAAGGAGAUCGUUACUAUCCCUAUUGACGAGACUUUCAUCGGCACUGUUUUCGCUGAGAUUGGUCGUCUUGAGAGCCUCAACGCCCAGGACUCUUCUGCUGCUCCAGCUCCAGCUCCAGCUCCUGCUGCUGCUACUCCAACUGGUCCAGCUGGUGCUCCUCGUGGCCCAGCUGCUACUAGAAACGUCAAGUUCCAGAAGGGUGUCGAGGGCCGUGGUAAGUUCGGUGCUGUCACCAAGCCACGUGUGACUAGAGGUUCUGCUGGUGUUUCCAAGGGCAGCAAGGACUUUGUCAGCAAGACCCACUCUAAGAGAGAUGCUCUCCCUGUCAAGACUAGAGGCCAACCUCUGGCUCAGGAGAAGAAGCUUUUGGAGCAGAUCCAGCAGCAUAUGCCAGCUCUUUUGGCUGCCAAGCCCUCUGGCCCACCAGCUGUUCGUGUUCAGAUGUGUAAGUACGGUGCUAUUUGCUCCAAGGAGAUGUGCCCAUUCGGCCACCCAACCCCAGCCAACAAGGAUGCUAAGCCUAUUGUUCCAAAAUGGUGUCACUCCAACAAGGAGUGUACCAACGGCCAGUGUGUCUUUGCCCACUCUUCGCCAAACUACAAGGCUCCAGCCAAGCCUACUGGUAGCCGCAGAAGACCAGCCACCUCUUUGGAACAGUGUAAGUUCAACAACGGUUGCUCCAACAAGUACUGUGGCAGACGUCACGCCACCUCCCUUGUUGCUUGCCAGCGUGGUAACGACUGUACCAUGCCAGGCUGUACUUUCAACCACAUCAUUGAGGAGGAGUGUCGCCACAAAAACGACUGUGCCAACAAGGUUUGCUACUUCAAGCACCCAGACGCUAGAGAGGUCACUCUCCUUAAAAAGAACACCGGCGGUGCCCCAGCUGAGGGUACCGAUGAGCGUGCUUUUGCUGUCCCUGAUGACCAGGUGAUGGAGCAGGCCGUUCAGUAA